GUGCAUACGGUUUAGUCAUAGUGGCUGGGCACGUCUCGCUUGGGCUUGCCGUAUAAGUCAUCGCUCGAUUGGCCUUGUCGGCAAUUUGGGCACUUGGGCACUUGGGCAGUUUGGACACUUUGUUGGUGAAGGUCAGCUUUGGUCUAUGAUGGGUAUUUAAAGUCGACAGUUGACAGAGGGCAGCAGCAGUUCAGCAGCAGUUGUGACAGCAAAAUGUUUGGAGCGAGCUUUUUAUUUGUGGCCCUUUGUGCGGCAGCUAGCCUGGAUGCUAGUGAAGCGGCUAGAUUACGUUUUCCGGGACCUGUUCUACAGCGGCAAGAGGCGGCUCCUUAUCCACCAGCCGGUUUGACGCCUGAUCCACCAUUUGAGCUGCCGACGGAGCAGCCUGCUGACUUUCCUCAACCAGAUUUGACCUAUGGACCACCGGAGGAACAGCCGGAACUUGUUUAUGGACCGCCUGAGGAACAGCCGGAGCUUGUUUACGGACCACCCGACGAUGUCUAUGGGCCACCUGAUGAGACCUACGGCCCACCAGCAGUUGAAGAAAUUCCUGAUGAGACCUACGGUCCGCCGGAGUUGCCCACGAAUGUAGACGCCAAUGGUUCAGGACAGAGUGCAGCAACCAUAAGCCUGGCUAGCUUACGUCCACAGCUACAAUUUGUAUUGCCUCUGGUGCAACGCUUUACCGCCUUCCGCCAGAUGCUUCGUCCCGUGCAGUCCAACCGACGUCCCUCUAAGUUGACUGCUCGGCCACAGAAAAGACCUGCCAAGAUUAUCAAUAGAGUUAAUGCUGCAUUCCCAGCGACUCAAUUGACUCUGCCAUUUGUGGAGCGCCGCAUUCCCUUCAGGCCUGCGCGUCUAAUUGUCAACGCCCCAUUGAAGCGAAAGCCCGCCAAGAUUACCGUUAAUUCACCUAAAGCACCUCUCGCCCAGUUGACGCCCGCCAUACGCAGGCCAAUAUUUUCUGGCGGUCGCAUUAUUGCCUAUUCUGACCAAGUGCAGAACUGGUAAAUAAUGUGAGUACUUGUAAAUAAUUUUUGAAUAAAUCGUU